UUUUUUUUCUUUUUCAUGUCAAGGACCCCACAUCCGACACAAAUUACACCACGGACCUUGUUUUGAAAGUAUUUCGUCCAAGUUUCCCCAAUGGAACCUCAUCUUAAAGACCCCUGGGAUCCCCGGACUCCGCUUUGAGAAUCACAGAUCUAGCCAAGUAUCCUUGGCUUCCUGUAUUAACAACAGUCAUGUCGUGUUGAGGUGCUGCAUUACAGUUGGAGUGAGUAGGCCUGCACGCAGCCUACCCCACGGUCUCCUCCUCUCCGGCUCUCUCACUCUGCCAUUGGUUAGCACGAGACGAGCUCCGGGAUGGCGAUGCCUGGAAAGGGGGGUAAACUCGGAGCGCACGUCUCCCCCGCUGCGCACACACGCACAGUAAAAGUGAAGUGAAGAUGCUUCUUCUCUCUCGAACAACAGUCAAGCCCAUAAGCCAUUCACUUCUUCUUUUCCUACAAGAGCGCAAGGCUGUCCCCUCUGGUUUACGGGACUCGUCCUGCUCGGAGGAGAGAGGAGGCACCAGAGAUCCCGAGCACCGUCACCCCGGUAGCUUAUCCGUGGAGAGCUACGCGUCGGUAUGGGUACGCUGACAAAGGGACGAUACCUCUCCUUAACGGGGGUCCUGCUGCUUGUUUAUUGCACAGUAACCGUGAUCUCCAAAGGUGCCACAGGGGAUGCUCAGCCUGACGCUCUACCCUCAGUGCAGGGCACCCUGCCACACUUCAUUCAGGAGCCAGAGGACGCUUACAUUGUCAAGAGCAACCCCAUUAAGCUGCGCUGUCGAGCUGCACCAGCAUUGCAGAUUUUCUUCAAAUGCAAUGGGGAAUGGGUGCACCAGAAUGAACACUUUUCCCAGGAGUAUAAAGACCUCAACACCGGGCUGAAAGUGCGUGAGGUGAUGAUCAAUGUGUCCCGUCAGCAGGUGGAGGAUUUCCAUGGACCUGAGGACUACUGGUGUCUCUGUGUGGCCUGGAGCCACCUGGGCACCUCAAAGAGUCGCAAGGCUACUGUCCGCAUCGCCUACCUGAGGAAAAACUUUGAGCAGGACCCCCAGGGGAAGGAGGUGCCAAUCAACGGGAUGAUCGUUCUGCACUGUCGUCCCCCAGAGGGAGUGCCUAUGGCGGAGGUGGAAUGGCUAAAAAACGAAGAGCUGCUGAGUUCUCUGACUGAUGACAACAUCGACACCCGUGCGGACCACAACCUCAUCAUCAACGAGGCGCGACUGUCCGACUCGGGCAACUACACCUGUCUGGCCAGCAACAUUGUGGCUAAGAGACGCAGUGCCACUGCCACUGUGAUAGUCUUUGUGAACGGCGGCUGGUCCCUGUGGACAGAGUGGUCGGCUUGUAAUGUGCCAUGUGGGCGGGGUGUCCAGAAGCGAUCACGAACCUGUACUAACCCAGCGCCUCUCAAUGGUGGGGCUUUCUGCGAGGGCAUGUCAGUACAGAAGAUCACCUGCAACGCACUUUGCCCAAUUGAUGGAGGCUGGGAUGAAUGGAGCGAAUGGACUGUAUGCAGCAGCCAGUGUGAGAGGCAGCGGAGUCGAGAAUGCAACUCCCCGGCACCCAGGCACAGAGGCAAGAUGUGUGAAGGGAACAACGAGGACACUGAGAACUGCACAGAUGGACUAUGUACCCAGAAUCGAAAGCUGCUACAUGACGUUAAACCUCAAAGUAUGGACAACUCCAAUGAUGUAGCUCUGUACUCGGGCCUGGGUGCCGGCAUCAUUGCCGUGGCGAUCCUUGUAGUUGCUGUCAUGCUGUACAGAAAGAACCACAGCGAGUACGGCGUGGACGUCAUCGACUCCUCUGCGCUCGCCGGGGGUUUCCAGUCUUUCAAUUUUAAGACCACAAGACAAGGCAACCCGCUACUUCUCAACUCCUCGAUGCAGCCUGACUUAACUGUGGGACGGACAUACAGCACUCCCCUCUGCUUCCAGGACAGUGCAGACAAAGAGCUCUUUGACCCCCUGCCAGACAUAAAGGUCAAAGUUCAGAGCUCCUUUAUGGUUUCACUAGGUGUGGCUGAGCGGGCGGAGUUCCAUGCCAAAGCCCCUGUUGAGACCUUCCCGCGGGACCUGAGCCGGGAUUACUGCAGCACCGCAGACAGACGCAAGAAGGGCCUGCUCACUCUCAACGGGCCCUUUAGCACUGACAAAGAGCAACGUAGGACCACGGGUGUAUUCGGCCACCCAGGAGGACGUCUGGUGGUGCCAAACACUGGGGUCAGCCUGCUGGUGCCUCAUGGAGCUGUAGCUGAAAAUAUGUCCUGGGAUAUGUACAUGGUGAUCAAUCAGGGAGAGGCAAGUGUCCAAACACUGGAAGGCUGUGAAAUCCUUCUGGGCCCAGAGGUGACAUAUGGUCCUCCAGGUCUGGACCUCUUCUGCCCAGUGGCCAUGACCAUCGCUCACUGCGCUGAGGUGGAUGCCGAGAACUGGAACAUCCAGCUCAAGAGGAAAACCCAGGACAGCAAAUGGGAGGAAGUGAUGUCGGUGGAGGAGGAGUCCACUUCCUGUUACUGCCUGAUGGACUCGACGUGCUGCCACCUGCUGCUGGACCAGCCAGGCUCAUACGCCCUGGUUGGCGAGCCGCUGACUCAGGCUGCUGUCAAGAGGCUGAAGUUGGCUGUGUUUGGGAACAUGGAGGCCGGCUCCAUGAGCUACAGCCUGCGGGUGUAUUGUGUGGACGACACGCCACACGCCUUUCAGGGAGUGGUGGCAGCAGAGAAAAGCAGAGGAGGUCAGCUCCUCGAGGAGCCAAAGAUGUUGCCUUUUCGAGCGAACACCUUCAGCCUCCAGGUGUCCAUCCAGGAUGUUCCCCAGUUCCUGUGGAGCAUCAAACCCUUUACCACAUGUCAGGAGUUCUCCUUCCCCCAAGUGUGGUGCAGCAACCAGCAGCCCCUGCACUGUGCCUUCUCUCUGGAGAGAUACAGCCCUGCCACCGCCCAGCUCUCCUGCAAAAUCAGCGUGCGCCAGGUCAAAGGCCACGAGCAGAUUCUGCAGGUCUACACGGCUGUGGCUGAGACUGAAAAGGAGUCAGUUCCAUUUUUUAUGCAGACAGACUGCACCAUCACGUCCCAGACGGGGCCCAAGGCCUUCAAAAUCCCCUUGUCCAUCCGCCAGAGGAUCUGCGCCACCUUCGACACUGCCAACGCCAAGGGCAAGGACUGGCAACUCUUAGCCCAGAAACUCCACUUAGAUCGAAACUUGGGUUAUUUUGCAAAGCAGCAGAGUCCUUCAGCGGUCAUACUGAGCCUGUGGGAGGCUCGCCACCAGGACACUGCUGACCUUGACUCUCUAGCCAGCGCCCUCGAGGAGAUUGGCAAGAUCCACUCCAAAAGCUCCCCCAAGGAUCAGGAUGAGCCAGAGUCUGACUUCAGUCACAUUCAUGCGGGAAAUCUGUGCGGAACAGGUACGCUAACGAAUCAGACGACAGAGGACUCCGCUCCUGAUUAUACAGGCUGAGCAAAAAAAGACAGUGAGUGAAAACUGAUGAACUAAGGCAUAUAUCUGUGUACCUGCACAGCCAGCGAUGGACAACACACUGUGGCGGAGUGCUGAAAGGUCAUCAGGUGGUGUAUGAGUAGGAGGCAUGAGCAGUCAACAUGCUGACCAGUCACAACAGGUGGAAGUGAGCCGGUUACCUGCUGUGAAUCUGUCUUUCAAGAAUCUGUCGAGGAUGGACUGUAAAUCUUUCUUUCCCUCUCCACUUGAUUUUUAAGUUGUUAUUUUUUAUUAUUAUUUUUUUCUUAUUUUAAGUUAAAUCUGCCCCUCUGUAUAUUCAUUUUCUAGCUCAGCAGGUGAGUGUUUGAGGAAAGGGAGAGAAGGGAGGAUGUUUCCUGACGUUUUGUGCCCAUUAUUUUCUGAAAUUGCUCCUUUUUGUCCUCGCGUCUGUCCCUGCCGUCUCCCCUCCUUUUCCCAGUGGUCAGCAUGGCAGCUGAUCAUAUUUGCAUAGAGGUUCUUACAUGCAAAUAAGGUAAUACACCUGAUCUAUUUUCUUUCUUUCUUUUUUUUAAAUUUCCAUGUCAACGAAUGAAUGAGGACUUAGAGGCUACUUUUUUGACGUCCAAUAUUAUAUUUUUAAAAGGAAGCUGCUGAUUGCUUAAAUGUUGUGCUUGUGAUCUUUCAAAGCCAAGUAUCUUGAAAUUCACCUGUUUUCGUCUUUUAAAAAAUUUCAAAAAAUGUAGUCUGUUUGAGGUUUGGCAUUUCUGAUAGACAGUUAGUGUUGUAUGAUCAUUAAUUUCUGCCCCAGUCUAACCUUGAAGGACAGCACGGUGUGAGGGCGACUUCCCAUGUGUGAUACAGAAAAAAAAAAAAAACGUAGAUCUGGUGUAAUAUGGCGUGAGAUUUUCAACUGUGGCAUUACAGCUCAUUACAGUUUCCUCUACCAUGAGAUAGAGUGAGAGGAAGCUGCAAAACAUCAUUUCCUGGCACAGCAGGGAGCGUAUCCCCAUAUCUUAUCAACCCAUUCCCACCAUUAACGCCAGUCACGUAGAGCUCAUAUCAGGCCCUAACACAUUCAACUGCCACCGCCACCACGUCUCCUUCCUCCACACCAGCACACAUGCAGACACAUGUUGACAUUUCAUGGCAGCAGAGGUCACGUGCACAUGUAGGCUGGGGGUUUGCAUAUUGUACAAGAAACAAACAAACAAACAAACAAAAAAUAAUAAUAUUGAUUGUGUCAGUGUCAUAAAUACAACAUGCAGUCACACAUCAUGUUCAAAUCAACACCAAACAUGUCAUAAUGACGGAAUGAUAAAAGACAGGGUGUUCUGGGCAUGUGUGGCUUUAAAUAAAAGAAAUAAAUAUAUGUUGUCAACCAUCGAGGAAAUGGUAAGUGAGUUGGCUCACCUAUUGUACUAGUAGUACAACUGUAUGACCUUCUCUGUUGAAUUGUCAUUAAGGAAAUAAAGAACAUCCAUUAAUUUUUUAACCUUGACACACUCACUGAUUUUGUCAUUGCACUCAGCUGAACAGGCCCAAGCUUUAGCCAGAGUUUCGAGGGCUCUCGUUGUCGUGGAGGUAAGAAUUUGUAUGACUGAACACUGAGUAAAUGUGAAAUGUAUUCAGAAACAACAUCCAGCUUCAGCCUGCAGACAGGUUUUCAUACUGCACGGCAGAUCACAAUGUGUCUCUGCCUUCGAUCAGCCAGAGAGAUGCAUGCUGGGUAAAUUAGGCCACCAAAAUAACACAAAAACAUGUUCUCUCACUUACCCUGUCUAGCCAUGCAAAUUUUGCCUCUUUGAUUUCUUCUCCCCUGGUGGUCACUUGUGAUGCUCUCAGUAUUGAAAAUAUAUCCUUCUUUUUGUCUGUUAUCAGAGCUGCCUACUGCAUACUACAGAUGAACUGUUUGAUUUAUGUUGCAGCAUGCCAGGCCAGGUUUAGCCAUUUUUUGGAAAGCGGAAGUAAACAGUACCGUGGCUACUGGCAAACCACCACUAUUUUGUGUCAUCCUCAUGACGCUCACACAUAAUGCUUUUCUGAUUGGAAGGAACAAGAUUCACCAGUGUUUUCUCACUUUGCUUCUCUGGACAUUAAAGUGAAAUUAAGUUCUCCUGGUAUUUCUGUUGCUUGAGAAGAGAAAUGCUCUCCUCAUUAUUCUUGCUUCAAUCAAACUGGGUGUCUUUUCACAAAACUUGCUGACUGGUGAUCGUUGUGCUUUGUGUGAAGGCUCUUGCUGGUUUGGUUGUGCUGUGAAUAUUUUCCCUGGCAAUAGCUGCAUAAUACAUAUAAAAUAUGCCACAUUUUUUAUGGAAUAACAGAAAAACAGUGAUACAAA